AUGUCGGAGCAAAAAACUUUUUUGACCAAUGCAGCUAUUAAUAACAAUGUUGGUAAUGAUGGUGAUGUAAAGUCUUGGCCUGCAGCAAAAGUUCGUUCAACUUUUAUUUCAUAUUUCGAGUCAAAACAGCACAAAUACAUACCUUCCUCCUCCACCAUACCCUUUGAGGACCCUACAUUACUAUUUUCAAAUGCUGGAAUGAACCAAUUCAAGUCAAUAUUUUUAGGCACUGUUGAUCCUAACUCAGAUUUUGGUAAACUUAAAAGAGCUGCCAACAGUCAAAAAUGUGGUAAACAUAAUGAUUUGGAUGAUGUUGGUAAAGAUGUGUAUCAUCAUACUUUUUUUGAAAUGUUGGGAAAUUGGUCAUUUGGUGAUUAUUUUAAGAAAGAAGCUAUUGGUAUGGCAUGGGAGCUUUUGACAAAAGUUUAUGGAAUUCCUAAAGAUCGUCUCUAUGUAACUUAUUUCCAAGGUGACGAAAAAUCGCAAUUGGCACCUGAUUUAGAAGCAAAACAGUUUUGGAAGGAUAUAGGUGUUGAAGAAGAUAGAUUAAUUCCUUCUGGAGUGAAAGAUAAUUUCUGGGAAAUGGGAGAAACUGGCCCAUGUGGACCAUGUUCAGAAAUUCAUUUUGAUCGAAUUGGUAAUCGAGAUGCAUCACAUCUAGUCAACCAAGAUGACCCAGAUGUUCUUGAAAUCUGGAACAUUGUAUUCAUCCAAUUCAAUCGUGAAUCUGAUGGAACACUUCGUCUAUUACCAAAUAAACAUGUUGACACAGGAAUGGGAUUGGAAAGAAUAGUCUCAGCAUUACAAAACAAACGGUCAAACUAUGACACCGAUAUAUUUAUGCCAAUUUUUGGCAAAAUUCAGGAAUUAACUGGUGCCAGGUCUUAUACCGGCAAAGUUGGGGCUGAGGACAUUGAUGGAUUGGAUAUGGCCUAUCGUGUAAUUGCUGAUCAUAUUAGGACUUUAACAUUUGCUAUAUCUGAUGGCGGUGUACCAAGUAAUGAAGGCCGUGGUUAUGUGUUAAGAAGGAUUUUAAGACGUGGUGCUCGGUAUGCUAGAAAAAAAUUUAAUGUUCAAAUUGGAAAGUUUUUUUCAAGUUUGGUGGACACUGUCGUAAAAGAAAUGAGUGAUGCAUUCCCUGAAAUUCGUCGACAUGCUACAGAUGUUAAAGAGAUACUAGAUGAGGAAGAGGAAUCAUUUUCCAGAACUUUGGAUCGUGGUGAAAAACUAUUUGAUAGCUACCUUCAAAAAACAAAAAAAACCAAUUCCAAAUACCUUUCAGGAGUUGAUGUAUGGAGAUUGUAUGACACUUAUGGAUUUCCUGUUGAUUUGACAAGAUUGAUGGCCGAAGAGAAUAAUCUUGAAAUUAAUAAUGAGGAGUUUUCUAAAGAACAAGAGAAAGCCAAAGAAAUAAGUCGUAAUGCGCGUGCUGGUGUUAGUGGCAAUGAAGAAGUGACUGUAUUGGAUGUUCAUGAUAUUGCACGUAUUGAAAAAGAAAAAAUUGUAUCUAUAACUGAUGAUAGCUAUAAAUAUCAAACCGGAAAUAUCAAUGCAACAAUUAAAGCAAUAUUUCAUAAUCAUGAUUUCAUUAAAACUUCAAAAGACUCAAUUCAGCAAGGAAAAAGGUUUGGAAUUAUACUUGAUAGAACCAAUUUCUAUGCAGAACAAGGUGGUCAAACAUAUGACACAGGUUCAUUGACCAUUGAUGGACAGGCAGAAUUUGUGGUAGAGAAUGUGCAAGUUUAUGGUGGAUAUGUUUUACAUGUUGGAUAUUUGAAAUAUGGCAAUUUAUCUGUUGAUGAUUCUCUACGUCGUUGGCCGAUUAGAAACAAUCAUACUGCCACUCAUAUAUUAAAUUUUGCUUUACGUGAAGUUUUUGGUACUGUCAUUGAUCAGAAAGGUUCUUUGGUUGCACCAGACAAGUUAAGAUUUGACUUUUCACUAAAGAAAGGUGCAACAAAUGAUGAAAUAAAACGAGUUGAAGAAAUUUCAAAUCAAUUUAUUAAAAACAAUAAAAAAGUAUAUUCUAAAGAUGUUUCAUUACAAGUUGCCAAAGCAAUUCAUGGACUUCGUGCAGUAUUUGGAGAAGUUUAUCCAGAUCCAGUAAGGGUUGUUUCGAUUGGUUAUGACAUUGAUGACAUUAUAAAAGAUGUCUCAAACCCAAGAUGGAAUGAUACCUCAAUAGAAUUCUGUGGUGGAACUCAUGUUGCAAAAACAGGAGAUAUAAAAGGUUUUAUUAUAUUAGAAGAAUCAGGUAUUGCUAAAGGAACUCGUAGAAUUGUUGCUGUUACAGGUGAAGAAGCUCAACAAGCAUCUAGAAUCGCCGAAGAAUUUCAAAAUAGAUUUACACAAAUUUCUAAAUUGCAAGGUGCAGAGCUUGACAAUGAACUGAAGAAGAUAACCAAAGAUCUUGAUGCGUCAAAUAUUUCUGCAAUCAAAAAAUCAGAACUUCGAGAAACAUUACAAUUACUUAAAAAAUCAUUUGUGAUUAAUAAAAUUAAUGAUUACUUUAAAGAAAACCCCAAUAGUCCUUAUAUAAUUAAACAGUUAAAUAUUGGAUCAAACUCAAAAGCAAUCUCCAAUGCAAUCACACAUAUCAAAACUAAUCUAAAAGAUAAAACUGGAUAUUUAUUUUCAAUUGAUUCAGAAUCAGGUAAAGUACAUCAUAGUUGUGUUGUUGGUCAACCUUUAAUAGAAAAAGGGUUGAAGGCUAAUGAUUGGGCCAAAGCUGUUUCUGAAACUGUUGGAGGAAAAUCUGGUGGUAAAGAUGAAACGGCUCAAGGUACAGGAACAAAUAUUGAUGAUGUUGAUAAAGCUUUAAUUGUUGCAGAAGAAUUUGUUAAACUUCGGCUUGAACCAUAA